AAGAUUAUUUUAACAAUAGCUAUAAUUGAACUAAAUUUAAAAAUGUUUUCUUGUGGAUUAAGAUUGCAAGAGUUAUUUCUCACUUUCUCGAACAAAACUUUAAACCAGAAAAUUUACAAAUGCUUACAGUAGGAAAUAACAAAGCCAUUCUUUUCCAAAUUAAAAAAGAGGUAUCUGAAAAGGAAGUUUAGAAAAUGGGUGCCCAGAGAAGGAGUUGUUAUUAGUAGGAUCAAGGUUGGGAUUCUAACUGCUCUUUAAAAUGUUCAACAUCAUAGGACCAAAAAAGCAUAUGUAUAUUGAUUUACUUGUUUCUUCAUCCAACCCAAAACCCAGUGCCCUCGAGUCAAUUCUGACUCAUAGCGGCCCUAUAGGACAGAGUAGAACUGCCCCACAGAGCUUCCAAGGAGUGCCUGGAAGAUUCAAACUGCCGACCCUUUGGUUAGCGCCGUAGCACUUACCCACUAUCACUUUUAAAUCUAUAAGCAACAAUGCUUUUCUUAACUUAUAAUUAAUUAUUCUAUCACCAGAUCUGAUGAAAUUCAGAAGGAAUUUAGCCAUGAGAAACCACACAAUAAUAACAACAUUCAUUCUAGUAGGAUUGACUGAUGACCCUAACUGGCAAACAGUAAUUUUCCUUUUUCUUUUUCUAACAUACGUAUUGAGUGUUACUGGAAAUCUGACCAUUAUCCUGCUCACUCUAUUGGAUCCCCACCACAAGACACCCAUGUAUUUCUUUCUCUGGAAUUUUUCAUUCUUAGAAAUGUCAUUGACAUCUGUGUGCAUCCCCAGAUACCUGGUCAGCAUACUGACUAUGGAUAAAACGAUAUACUAUGAUGCUUGUGCUGUACAAAUAUUUUUUGCCAUCUUCUUGGGUGCAUCAGAGUUUUUUCUGCUGGCUUCCAUGUCCUAUGACUGCUAUGUGGCCAUCUGCAAACCCCUACAUUAUACAACCGUUAUGAGCAGCAGAGUCUGCACCAAGCUGGUCAUUAUGUCCCAGGUGGCUGGGUUGUUAACAAUCUUUCCUGGGCUUAUCAUGGGUCUGAAAUUGGGUUUCUGUGAUGCCAAUAUUAUUGACCACUUUUACUGUGACUGUGCUUCUGUCCUGAAACUCUUCUGCACAGUCACAGGGGUCUUCGAAAUGUUGGGUUUUAUUUCAGCUAUGGUCACACUGCUGAUUACACUGGCACUGGUGAUACUCUCCUAUGCAUACAUUCUGAGAACAAUCCUGAAGAUCCCUUCUGCCCAGCAGAGGAAGAGGGCUUUUUCCACCUGUUCCUCCCACAUAAUUGUUGUCUCUACCUCUCAUGGCAGCUACAUUUUUACGUAUAUGUUACCUUCUGCAGAGGAGAGGGUCGCUUUAAACAAGGGGGCAGCAGUAGUCAAUCUUUCACUUAAACACCUGUUUUAAAUCCUUUCAUACACAUCCUAAGAAACAAACAAGUGAAACAAGCACUGAAAGAUAUAACUCA